AUGGUUUUUUUUUUUUUUUUUUUUACAGUCGCGUGGUUGUCACCCGUUGUCCAUUGCGGUACGAUACCCGACAAUGGAGUUUAUACAUUCAACUACAACAAAAGAACUCCUCUACCGGAAAUGACGGAUGUUACCAGUUCGGAAAAUGUUUAUCCAAUUUAUCAAUCUGGAAUUCCAUACAAAGGAAAUUAUCAGGAUGUUCAAAAGCGAGCAGCUUUUAUUAUAGAUCGGAUAUUAAAGGAAAUUGAAUCGGCUAAUGAAAGUAAUCAGCUAAUUGACGAUUGGUCACCUGUUACAAGAAAAGGAAAAAAGAAAGAACCGAAAAGAGAUAGGCCGGGUGUUUACUACAAAUGUUAUUUUAAUGCUAUUUCAUGCUUUAAAAGAAAAUGA